AAACCGACCCCCGACAGUCGUUCACACGCCGCCGGCAAAAUCGCGCGCAAACAUGCACAAUAUGGCGCGAAAACUUCUCUUACGAGAAAUUAAAAACUUAAAAUGGCAAAGGAAAUUGUCAACCAGUGCAGUGUUCAGGAAAGAUGAUUUUAUUAUAAAAUCGACUGUUCCUGAUAUUGUUGUGCCCAAAACUAGGUUUAUUGACCGUUUGUGGGAAGAGUCUGCUGGAUAUAAGAAUCAGGUUGCACUAGAAAGUGCAGAAACAAAGAAGACGUACACAUACUCCCAAUUAGAAAAGAAUACAUCAGCUUUCGCGACUUCUUUGAUCAAGAAGUUCGGUUUGAAGCCAGGAGAUGUCGUGGCAGUCAUGUUACCAAACUGCCCCGAAUUUCCCGUAGUGGCCUUCGGGAGUCUACAAGCAGGAUGUGUGCUGACAACUGUCAACCCUAUUUAUAAGGAGUUCGAACUAGCCCAUCAAGUAAGCAUCACGGAGCCAAAAGUCUUCGUCACAUUACCAGAAUGCUACGAUACAGUAACAAAAUCUUUAAACGCAGCUAAAAUCAAAGCCAAAAUAAUCCUAGUAGACAGUCCUAACAAACCAGUUCCUGAUGGUGUCUCAAGAUACACAGAAGUAGCUGAAUCGGGUGAAGCUGAUUACAAACUACUGGAUAAAAUAGAAAGGAAAGGAAAUGAUAUUGCUUGCAUACCAUUUUCAAGUGGUACCACUGGAUUGCCUAAAGGCGUGGAGAUAACUUAUGAUAAUAUAUUGGCUGGAAUGGAGAUGAUGUCUCAGAAAGAGAACUCUUUCCCGACCCUCGCAAAUGAUAAUUACCAAGAUAUUCUCCCAGCAUUCCUGCCAUUCUUCCACAUUUACGGUCUCGUCAUUGGUCUGCUUGGGCAUCUGUCCAAAGGCUGCAAAUUGGUUACUAUGUCCAAAUUCUCUGCUAGCAUGUAUCUGGACAUCUUGAAGACACAGAAGACUACCUUGCUUUAUAUCGUUCCCCCUGUUGCUAUUCUGUUGGGCAAACAUCCAGACGUGAAUGAAGGGCAUUACCGUCAUGUGAGGCAUAUCAUCUGUGGUGCCGCACCUUUGGCUGCAUCCGAUGUUGAAGCUAUUUUACAAAAGAGUAAACGAGCCAUCGAAUUCAAUCAAGGCUUCGGUAUGACGGAGACCACGUCACUCGCUACAUCCACCUUUAAAGGCACUAAGAAUGUAGACUUCAAUGCUUGUGGAGUACCCAUGGCUAAUGUUGAGCUGAAGUUUGCUGAUCCCAUCACUGGUGAAGCCGUGCCAAUUGGACAGUCCGGCGAAAUGUACAUCAGGAGUCCUACAAUAAUGAAGGGUUACCAUAAGAACCCCAAAGCUACCGAGGAGUCUAUGACCAAAGACGGCUUCUUCAAGACUGGUGACUUGGGCUACUACAAGCCUGGCUCCGGCUUAUAUAUUACUGAUAGGAUUAAGGAAUUAAUUAAGGUAAAAGGAAUGCAAGUCGCACCAGCGGAAUUAGAAAGCCUCUUAAGAUCUCAUCCAGCAGUGCAAGACGCAGCCGUCAUUGGUGUUCCUCAUCAAUUCUAUGGCGAGGCUCCUAAAGCCUUCAUCAUCAGGAAGAAUGGCUUGAAGAUCACUGAAGAAGAACUUCAAGACUUUGUGGCUAGUAAAGUAGCAGUUUACAAGAAAAUAGAAGAAGUUAUGUUCGUUGAUGACAUUCCUAAAACGGCGUCGGGCAAAAUUUUGAGGAAAGAAUUGAAGAAAAUGUACGCGUAAUAGUGAGAAAACAAAUGCUAGCUGCUCUUCGUAGGUAUGAUUUAGAUAACGUGAUUAGCAGAUAGAGUUGUUAUUUCAAAUACACCUUGGUGUGAUCUUAUGAAAGUUUUAACCACAGACUGAAUUCGCUUAGGUGUAAGAUUUUGAUGUGGACAAUUAAUCUUUCUUAUGACUGUAUGCAAAAUCUUGGGUGAUUUCUUCUAAGGAAAAAAUCACUUAGCUUGACCGGAGUGAAUUGAAGAGACUGCGUAAGGAGAAUUAAAAUUAAUCCUGUUAUAGACGAAGAGUUGUAGCAUUACUGUUACUUAGGUUUAACCAAAUGGGACGUUGUUAAGAAAUUGUUGAAUAGUUUUGUACAGUUUUUAAUAUUAAGGGGCCAUCGAAAUAUUGUAAAUUACUUCUGAUACCUUCCUUGUUUAUCUCGAGUUUAGAAGCGUGAUCAACUUUUCUGUUUUUUCUUUUGUUUAAAUGACACGAUUUCUCGAUGGCCUCAUCUUGUAAAUAAUUUAAUUUACUCUAGUGUAGGUUCGUAGUUAAGAGAAAAAAUUGGAAUACGUAACUUGUUCAACUAGAUGUUUCCUAUAUUCUACUGAACUGAUUAGGUGAUAUCCGUCACUAAAGCAUUUAAUUCAUCGCUGGUAAGUUGCAAAAAAAAACUUGAAUAAAAUUCGGUAUUUUAUACUUGUUACCUUGUUCCAUUUGUCAAAAAGUUCCUUAAAAGCUGUGCUAUAUUUGUUUAAAAACAUAAUUAUCUGAAAUUGUGCCUUAUGUAUAUGUUUAAAGAAAGUAUAUUAUCGAUAUUGAUAAUGUGGGUAGGUGCAAAGUACUUUUAAGCUAAUUAUUUUUAUAUAACUGUAGUUAAAAAGAAAUAAAAUAUUUUUUUAAUAA